AUGCUGAGCGUGAGCAGAAAUUGCAGGCUUGAUGAGAGGAAGAGGAUGAAGGAAUUAGUUCUGGAAAGAAACUUACUGUACCCUGAUCAGUUUGAGCUAAGCCUUUCAGCACAUGUUACGGUUUUGAAGAAUAAGAAACCUACUUCAAGUGUUGAGGCUGAUAUAACAGGUGGAUCAACAUUAAAUUCUCAGGCUGUUCUGAGGUCAACUGUAACUUCUAAAAGUUACGUAUUUAAAACAGCGAGUUCACUUCGGUUAGAUGCCUAUUCUAAUGACGAUAUUGAUAACCUUGCAAUCAAUGAAAUCUUUGAGGUAGAAGCAAGAGCUGCUGGUUGUACGACAACUGCAGAAGCUAAUAGAUUUAUAGAAAAGAAGAGAAAGAAGGAAGCUGAAGAAAAUUUUCUGCGACUAAACCACUGUGGACAAAGCAGUGUAGCUGGUAAAGCACUAAAGAGUCCUAGAGAGUUACAAAGAAAUUUACAGCCCUUUGGUUCUGACUCGCUGUCAAAGGCCACGCUUCCAAUAAUACGUAGCUCCUUGGAAAAUCGGGACGUCAGUGGUCUCCUUGGAGCUGACUUACUCUCUGAAGCCGAAAAGAAGAUGUGCAAAGAGAUGAGAAUACUGCCUGCACAUUAUUUCAAAAUACUGGAAAUCUUAACAAGCAAGAUAAAGAAAGAGAAGAUAAAGAAAAAUUCUGGUGUUUAUAGCUUCUUCAGAGCAGAACCGAGUAAAGUAGACUAAUUAUAUGAUCUGCUGAAACAUAAAAUAUUCCAGAGCUCAAUCUCCAUUAUCGACCAAUUAGCUAUCAUGAUGAACUCAGCAGACCCUCAUCAUCAGAAGCCAAGGAGCAGCACGGAGUCAUCAUCUAGCUUUCGAGUCUGUUGAGACGGAUGUUGAUCAGUUGCAAUUGAUGUCUUAAGAUCAUAUCCUCUGGAUUCUUGAUCAUUCCUUACGGCAAAUUCAUCACUGUCAAAGCCGUUUUUAACAAUUUCGCUGCAAAACUUCACUAUAAUAGAUAGUUGUGUAUAUAAGAAAGAAGUGCUGCAUAUCAAGCUAUGAAGAGAUACAACAAUGUACAGUUAGUGGAAGAGACUGUAGCUCACCGCCAAGCCCGUGUUUUGGAGCGUGUACGGAUUUGCAAUCAGAAUGGUGCUGACAGCUUUAUUGAUGAUAAAUAGAAUAAUUAUAUGCUGAGAAGACUUAUGAGUGGUUGCGUCAAAAAAAUGUAUAGUGAACAAGACAGAAAUCAGAGUAACUUGACGCAGCGGCAAUUCUGAUGGACUUCCAGAGGCACAAAUAAUGAGAAGCUGAUGCCGCCGUUAUUUCCCGCGUCCGUUUUAUCCUCCGUUUGUUACCGCUGCGACUGCAAAAUCAGUUAGUUUAGCUUCACCUGUGCCGUGUGUUGUAGUCCUCAAAGCUUAAAUUUUUUUGACGCUGCCGCUGCUUUCCGCGGUGAUGAAACGAACAGGGGUAUUGUAGAAUGAUGGAUCAGAUUGAAGCUUUUAGCGAGAGGGAGAGAUGGAAAAUAUUUUAUUGCUGAUGGGAACUUUGUCGAAUAUGUUAGCGACAAGGAAGUCAAGGUACAUCAAAUAUUGGUUUAACGUUUUAGGAUUAUAAGCAAGAUCAAACAUUGAUUUACAGUUAAGGAACGUAUACAAUAAUUAUAAGGUCGUUUACAUUGCUAUCAAUUGGUCGCUUGCAAUAUUGUUGUGAGUCAAAAAUGCAUAUGCAAGGCCAAGAUAUGAAUAAAAAAGGAUAUGCAGAGAGUAUUACAAA